CUAUUCCAGUCAACUUACAAACUGAGUCGGUCUUAGGCUUUGUUAUUCUAUUCUCUCUCUCUCUGGCAUCAAAUUCUCUGUUUUGUCUUUUUCAACUCUGUUUCUUCCUUUUAAGCAUCGCCGCUUUAACUCUGUUCUGCUUCGCUUCUCAAAGGCACGAGCUAUAAGUAAUGAAGAAUUCCAAGGGUACAGGUGCAGCAAAGGCUUCCAAAGAUGCUCUGAAGCCUGCUGAUGAUAGAAAGGUUGGAAAGAGGAAAGCAGCAGCGGCUGUUGAUAGAAGUAGCAAACUAAAAGCAAAGAGGGAGAAAAAGGCCAAGAAAGAUCCAAACAAACCAAAGAGGCCUCCUAGUGCUUUCUUUGUCUUCCUCGAGGAGUUUCGGAAGACUUUCAAGAAAGAAAAUCCUAGUGUGACAUCUGUAGCAGCGGUUGGGAAAGCUGGUGGAGCGAAGUGGAAAUCGAUGUCUUCUGCUGAAAAAGCCCCAUAUGAAGCCAAAGCUGCCAAAAAGAAGGAUGAGUAUGGAAAACUUAUGAAUGCCUACAACAAGAAGCAGGAGAGCACUGCUGAUGAUGGUGAAGAGGAGUCAGACAGGUCAAAAUCAGAAGUGAAUGACGAAGAUGAUGAGGCUACUGGAGAGGAAGGGCAAGAGGAGGAAGAGGAAGACGAGGAUGAAGAGGAUGAUGAAUAAACGUGAAUUGUUUUUGAUUUUGGGCAUCAUGUGAUUUAGGAGAUAGAUUUUUGGAUUCUAUAGGUGCAUAUUAUUAGGUCAUAUGUAGACUUGUUGAAGAAAAGCAGGGAACCUUUUUCUUUUUCUUCCUUGGAAGAUUUGAAGCAGGAAUAUAUGUUUAUUUUGUCCUGCUGCCUUGAUGCCUUAGUUACUUACUUGGCUGCUAAACGUGAGCCAUCUCACUCUUGAGCUAAAUAGAGAAUCUAUAGUAACUGUUUUUUGUGGGCGCACUGGAA